GACAAGAGAGACACACGGAGAGUGGAGUGAGAGAAGAACCUGUACUCUUCCACAGCAUAAGGAGACAUGAAUCCAAAACACAUAUUAAUCGUUCUGCUCAAUUUUUGCAAAGUGGGCUGCCAAUAGCCUCACCCGGAGCCACAUAAUAACCACUCUUUAUCUUCGCUGGAUUUGGACUCUUUACAUCGUUUUUUUGGAAAGGUGCACCGGUCUUUUUUUCGUGUGCGUGUGUGUUGGAGCUCAACGGUAUUUUAACUGGUGGAUGAUAGAGAUGGCCCUAAAGCUGCUGAUACGUGUAAAAUGUGAAGAUGGAAGAGAGAGGCCAGUCAUAUGAAUGAAGAAAGGAAGUGUGGAAUAAUAGUCUUUCCUGAAACGCUACCUGGAGAGAUUACGAUCUUAAAAUGUCUCCUUCUUCAGAGAUAAUCGGACAUCAGAAACAGCUUUGAAUAUCUAAUGCAUUUAGUUUUCUUACUAAUCCAUACGUACUUUUCAUGGUAUUAUGGUACUUAUAGUACAUAGCAUCACACAUGCUGACAUUGAUAGAUGAAGAUGGCUAGAUGGCAUUGUUUUUUGUAGCAGUGCUAAAGGAGACUGAAAGCAGAUGACAUUUUAAUGAAUACAAAGGCCUUCUCGGCAUGCUUGGAUGUGCACGUGCAGAUAGCAGUGGUUUGACAUUUUAGUUCAAAGUCCAGGUGUGCUGGAUAGUUUAAAUCCCACGAUGAAUCCUAAUGCGGAGGUGAUGGAAAUCCAAACAAGAAGUCAAAAGGAAAAGUUGACUCCAGUCAAAGCCAAUUCCAAACACGAUGUGGAGAGCGAGGAUGACAAAAUCCCAGGGUCUUACGACUGCAACGUUUGCGGACGGAGCUUCCCUUUCAUGAGCUCUCUGUCACAGCAUAUGAGACGCCAUACUGGCGCACGCCCUUAUAAAUGCCCCUACUGUGACCACAGGGCCUCUCAGAAAGGAAACCUCAAAGUUCACAUACGCAGCCACAAACUGGGCACGCUCUCCAGCCACCACUCCAACAAUGAACAAGAGGGAGGAGCAGAGGAGGAAGAGAUGAGUGUUUCAGAGGGUCUUGAUGGAGGCACAAGUCCAACCAAGAGCAGCUCUGCUUGUAACCGCAUGAUGAGUGGAGAUGGUGCGGAAGAUAGUCGCAGGAAAGUACCUGUGAGGAGCUUGAAAAGAGAGAAACCUGUAAGUGACCAGCGGCCUUACUGUUGCCGACUUUGCGGCUAUGAGGCCCAGCGGGAGGACCAGCUCCUGAGCCACAUCGAGAAGGUCCACAUCACUGUUGACAAAGAUGAGCAGAUAAGUGUUAAGGAAGAAGUCGUAGCUGAACCGGAUGUCCCGCAGCCUCAGUGUGAUGGGACUUUUCCUUGUGAAACCUGCGGCCAGGUCUUCACGCAAGCCUGGUUCUUGAAGUCACACAUGAAGAAACACGCAGGAAUCCUGGACCAUUGCUGUCGUAUAUGUGGAAGACGAUUCCGUGAAGCUUGGUUUCUUAAAUCCCACAUGAAAACACACAACACACGAUCACGCUCACGAGUAAAAUCGGAUUCCGCUGAGCAUCCGGCCACCAUAAAUGAUGUAGCACAGGAUCCUGAAAUUGUCAGCUCUGUUGCAUCUGUCUAUCAAAUGUGCUCGAAAUGUGGGAACUUGUUUGAUAGCCGAGAGAGCUUGAGGGCCCAUGAUAAAGUCCACAGUCUCAGUCAUGGAAAGAAAUCUCAGAGCCGAUCACCACCCAUUGAUGAUGAGGACUCACCAGCUGUGAAAAAACGUUUGCUCGACUACUUAGGCCUUCAGCCAUUUGCGGAAAAGGCUGAUGAUGAUGUCAAUAAUAGGAUACCGGGUCAAAGAAUCCCUGAGCUUGAUCCAGUUUGCAGCUACCAAGCCUGGCAGUUAGCUACUAAAGGUAAAGUCGUGGAACCAGUAGAGUGCAACAAGGCUUUCGGUGAUGGAGGAAGUAUCGGAGAUGAAGAUCUCGCCACAGCUGCUGCAGUGUUUGAUGAGAGCAGCAGCUAUGUCCUUCAAAGUCAAGAAAAACGCAGCUCAGUUCGCCGGAGCAGCUCCGGUUUGGGAAACCCGGUUUCAUCCGGAGACCAGACACCAGAGAGCCUCAGUGAUUCUGAGUACCGACCUUCAUCUCGCCAGGAACGAAGACGGCCAUCGCAGUCUCAAACUCCCUCCAAAUCCAACGAGUGCUUUGAAUGCGGGAAGAUGUUCCGCAGUCGCCACCAGGUGAUUGUCCACCAGCGCGUCCAUAGAAAGGACGGAGGCAGGACGUCCGUCGAAGGCAAGGAAAGAACUGAGAAUAAAGACCAGUGGGCCUCAACCAGUGACCCAGAAUCUGGCUCCCCUGGCCGACCCUUGACCCCGGGUUACGGUGACUCUCCACCAGCCUCCACUCUCAGAGACCAUGCAUCCGAGAUGGGAACUGCUAACUCGGGGGAGCUUGCAGAUGAGAAGCCUUACAUCUGCAGCUUGUGUGACUUUGUUACCACUGAGUCCCAAACCUACUUGGCUCACGUCCGUGUCCAACAUCCAGCUUCCUCCGCAGAAAACACAAGCCCCGUUUCCAGAGUCACCCCCGAUGGUUAUCCCAAGUUGAAGAAAGCCCUUUUGCAGGGGCUGACAAAUGCUGAAUCCCCUCCAGCUCACCCUUCCACUUGCUCCUCUCCACUUGAUCCUGUCUUGACCCCUGUGGAUUUAUGUGUCAGAGCUGGGGGUCACAGAGGCAGAGCCCCCGUAACCGAAGACAAGAAAUUCCUUCCAAACCACAAGUGUUCCUUCUGCUCCCAUUCCACGCUCUAUCCUGAGGUUCUGUGGAUGCACCAGACGAUUGCUCACCGCAUGACAAGUAGUAGCUCCAAUCUGGCACCAAAAUGGGCGCUGAAAAACAACAACAAGGGGCCCAGAGACAGCUCGUUAUCCUCAAGGAGGCGCACUGGCCCCCCACCAGUCUUGGGGGGUAAGGAAUGUCCACCGCUGCCAACACUUGUACGUGCCCAACGUACACGGCCCCCGAUGCAGGCUAGCGAGGUACGGAAAAAAAACAAGGCAGGUGAUCAUGCAGGUACAACACCUCCAUCAUCAAUUACCCCCUCGCCGACGCUGUCGAGAGCCUCAACAUCCGCCUCGAAAUCUCACUGUGGGAGAGUCCCUCAGAAUCAGCCUCCUCGCUUCAGACACAAAAUGACUAGUUCCGCCAGAGGAAGCUCACAGUCAUCCUCCAGCUCUGUUGAGAAGAGCCCCAGCACCAGUUCACAUUCCCCGGCCCCAUGCGCCAAUUCCUCUACAUCUUCCAGAAGGCCAGACCAUUACGUGAUGCCACAGGAGGGACUGGGAUUCAUGCUGUCUAGCAAGUAUAGCGGUCAAGCAGAGUACAACCGAGCUGCAGGGUUCUCUCAUCAGCCACUUACUAACUACCACAACGAGCAACGCAUGAAUGCUACGAGGCCGAGUGCCAUCAUCCAUAGCUCCACAAUGGGACAGAGCUACGGAGCAUCGCAGGCACAUGGCAGCAUGCUGCACACUUAUUCAGGUUCGUCUUCCUUCCCCGCAAAACCGAAUGGAAAUAUGAAGCAGGAGACUCCAGAAACGCCAAACGACAUCCUCGGCUUCUUAAAAAACUACAGUCCGCAUGAUCUGGCUGCGCUUUACCACCGCUGGGGUGCCUCGAAUGGACUUUUGGAUCCUAAUGGGAUGCUGAGGUCUCUCAUGCAACAGGGACAACAUUUCUGCCACGAGUGCGGGAAGAGUUUCAGUCAGCCCAGCCACCUGCGUACUCAUAUGAGGUCCCAUACAGGGGAGAGGCCUUUCUGCUGCCAGCUCUGCCCAUACAGAGCCUCUCAGAAAGGGAACCUGAAGACACACGUCCAAAGUGUCCACCACAUGCCUUUCGACAACAGCCAGUACCCAGACUCAAGGAUCUCGUUACCAAGCUCUGAGGAGCGAGGAGCUGUCAGACCACCACCGACACCACAAGAACAUCUUAGGUCCUGUCAUGGACCUGGGUCUGACUCCAGACCAGUCAGGGACUGAAACACCUGAGGACUUGAUGAACUUUACAGCUUGUAGGUGACAAUGUGAAACAUUUUCUCCAUCCUUGAACAUCCUUUAAUGAGAGUUUUGUAUAUUUUUUGUAGUUUGAGGGAGAUGUUUUAUAAUCCAAACAUGGAAAAUAUUCCUCUACAAUACAAUCGGUACAGUACAGUCCUGGACACAUACAGUAUGAGAAUGUAUCUCAAUGUGCAGUAAAAUGAAGAGUUUGUCAGCUCGAAAAGUAUUGCAGGACUCCGAAACUUGAUGCUCCGAUUCUCAAAAAUGAAGAUUGUGUUUAAUUUAUAUGUUGCCCUUGACCAAUCCUAUACUGUCCUACAAUGGAGAGUCCUACCGCAACGACUAAGGCGGCAUCAAACAUGCUUAAAAAUGACUGGUGAUUAUUUGAUUAUCAAUAUAGAGGCCGAUAAAUGUUCUGUGGAUUGUAUAAUUGAUUAAUCGACUAAUCAUAGCAGCUAUAAAGAGUUUGUCUUCAGGCCUGGAAGCCAUUAAAAUGCCUCUGUGUGUGUGUGUGUGUGUGUGUGUGUCAGCAUACACAAAUGCGUUAAAGUCACUUGGCUCCACUCUUUAAGUGCGGUCUUAGGAGUGACCACUCUGAGGGGGAAUGAUUAGAGGCAGGGAGGUGAGAUUAGUGGGAGAGAGAAAGAUGUGUCUGCACUAAUGCUCAUUAAAAAGAGUUGCGUUUUAAUAGCCAUUAUAAAUGAGUGUACCAUUUUUAUGGUCAUACAAUUAUUGUCAAUUGAAGAGGAAGGGGGCUGAGUGCCGGCAGUUUCCAUCUAUAUAACUCCUUUAUAUUACUGAGCCUUUCUCAUACUGACACUUUGACUUUGAUUUACGCUGCAAACUUGCAGUUGGAGAAGCAUGAAGUCUCAGAUAGGAAUUGCACAAAUUACAGUCCAGCUUGUGCACUUUUGGUGGCAAAUAGAAUCCUGUUAAUGCUUGCCAGUGUGAUUGCUCUCUGCUAAGUGACACUAAGAUGUCAAAAGCGGAGAGAUGGGCUAUAGUCAGCAUCAUUAGGGAUUUUAGACAUGUUUUUUUUUUUUUUUACUGGAAAGAAAUGUACUUCUUUAUCACAUAGAGUUACUGCAUCCCCUUUAAAAUGACGAUAUUCACCAGGUACAUUGUGGUUUCACGAUUAUUCCUAGUAUUUUGACGGUACACACAGAGAAGAAAGGGCAUUCGGCAUAAAACUAAGACAAAAAAAUCUCAAAGUGAUGUUUUCUUGAUUACGGUCUUAAUAUGGUCAACUACCAUGACCGCUGCACAGUAGCAAUACAGUUGAUCAAUAUCCAAAAUAAUCAUUCAUUCAUUUUCUACCGCAGCCUAUCCGGAGUCUAACCUGGACUGGUGGCCAGCCAAUCACAGGGCACAUAUAGUCAAACAACCAUUCACACUCACAUUCAUACCUAUGGACAAUUUGGAGUCGCUAAUUAACUUAGCAUGUUUUUGGAGUACCCAGAAAAAAACCCACGCAUGCACGGGGAGAACAUGCAAACUCCACACAGAGAUGGCCGAGAGUGGGAUUGAACUCGGGUCUCCUGUGAGGUCUGCGCACUAACCACUCAUCCGCCGUGCAGCCCUCCAGAAUAAUAUGUUUAUUAUUAUUAUUAUUGAAUGAUUUGUAGUUUAGGAUUAUAAGAGUUCAAAAGAAAGCACCAUAUUUUCUGGACUAUAAGUCGCUCCGGAGUAUAAGUCGCACAAGGCCAAAAAUGCAUAAUUAGGUAUAAAAAAACAUACAUAAGUCACACUGGAGUAUAAAUCGCAUUUUUUGCGGGUAAUUUAUUUUACAAACUUGACCAAAACAGACAUCAUGUCCUCUUGGAAGGCAAGUUCUAACAAUAAUAAAAUAAUAGAGAACAGGCUGAAUAGGUGUAAGAUAUGCUAACACAAUGCUUAUUCAGCUACACAAAAAUAAACAUGAACACAAAAGGUGUCCAGUGUUUAUGUAACAUAAACACUUUUUUUCAUUUAUAAGUCGCUCUGGAGUAUAAGUCGCAGGAACAGCCAACCUAUGAAAAAAAGUGUGACUUAUAGUCCGGAAAAUAGAGUAAUCAGCGGUCAAAAGUUAUGGUAUAGUAUUGUAUGCCUUCUUGGCCCCGUAGCGGGACAUUAAACCAGGGUCUCAGGACGAUACACAAGUCUUUUGAUACCCAUUCUGUGUUUCAGCCAUGCCACUAAAUAAUGACAUAAACCCCUUUGAGCCGUAACAUAUACAUGUGCAUGUGAUUGUUUCCAACCUAAAAAUACUUACUAACAUAAAUAUUAACAUCCACGCUCUGCAGCCCCUCCUUAUACAAACUGUAGUAAACGACAUCCUUUUCAAUGGGGGUUAAAAUGAAUUCUUUUGUGUCUUCUACUUGGGUUUGUGUUCUCAGCAACACCUGAACCGAGUAAACCAUGCCUCAACACUUCGAGUGGAAGGAGAGCAUCACACUUGUCAGGGAUAUACAGGAAGUGGCGGGUUCAUUUUUUGCACGCAUGGACGAUUCAAAGCAGUUAACAGAGAAUUAGACUAUAAGUCAAUUUUGGAACCUCAGUCGUUUUGAAUGAGCGACGGAUGUAACGGAUGUAACGGAUGUAACGGCCGCUGGUUGUUGACAUAUGCAUACAAUAUGGUGUGCUUGGAUAUGCCUAAUGAUACACAAAUGUGUGUCUUGAAGUUGGUGAAAAUACUUGAAAAAAAUGGAUAUUCUAGCCUUGUAGUGUAGUGUAGUACUAAUUCAUACGUUGUACAGAAUUCCCUUUAAGAUGACGCUCCUCGGUUAGGAAUUUGUACUCCGAAGUGUGACUUAGAAAAAGUGAGCAACAGCCGCGGAGUGAGUGUAAUAUAAACUAUGUAUGCGUAAUCCACUCGUACCAAACCAUUUAUAUACAGCGGUAGAAACCAAAUGGCAUUACUAGUGCACUUAGACUAGAUUCCUGCUUUAAACUUUCUGCUCAAUUCUAGCCAAGGUUACGUUGAGAAUGUUUUUUUUUUUUUUUUAACGUUGCCAGCUAAUACAAUUCAAUGUCAGUUUGGCUUUAGAGGCUUUUUGCAUAGAUUUUAAUGACGGAUAGUUUUUUUGUACUGCUUUUUAGUUUCCUCGGGGAAAGUUUGACAAGUUGAGGUGCAGCACUGCUUAUUUUUCAUGAAGAUGUAAGAGCUUGUUUUUAGUCUUUCUCUUUGCUAAAUUGUAGGAUUUUUGUCAUUAACUCGCCGUGUCUGGCCUCCCACUGGGACUGUUUCCUUUUUUUUCUUAUGUCGGGGGUUUAUCACUUAUUUUAAGUUGUAUUUUUUUUGUGUGUGUGUGAGCUUUUUAUUUGUGAUGAACUUGAUGAUUAAUGUACCUUAGAAGACCUUAUUAUUCCAAGUGUAUUGGUUGAAAUCUGUAUUUAUUAUCACUUCAAAAAGGACACAAGGACAGAGGCAGGACAGGUGCAUUUGGUAAUUUUGAUUUUCUGGGUCAUUAUUUUUAUUUUUACUGUGUCGUUUCAAGCCAGCAAGCUGAUGUGAAAGCUCUACCUCGUCUGAGCCAUUCUCAGUUCUGUUAUACUUUUGUAAAUCAUGUCAUGUCCACAAUAAAGACACACAAAAUGGAAAGUUUUGGCACCGUGUCUUCUGGUUGUCCUUGCUUGUUUUAUUUGUGCCUCCGCCACUGUCACUGAACACAUCCGCACUUAGAAUAAACAGGUUUCUGAUUUUUUGUUCUCCCCCCCCCACCCUUUCUCACCUACCUGGUGUGAACUUUACCGAGAACCCUGCAGA